AUGGCUGCCGACUUUUGGGCUGGUUACCUCAGCGGAGCAGCCGGCAUCCUGGUCGGCAAUCCACUCGAUAUGGUCAAGGUUCGGCUACAAGCCGGUAAUGCUGCCGUCACUGGCACGAAGUUCCAUGGUACAUCAGCUCUGGUGACGGGGACGGCGGCCCCUGUUCUUGGAUAUGGCGCUCUAAAUGCCCUGCUCUUCUUGUCCUACAAUCGUUCCGAGGCUGCCCUCCAAAAAGCCAUUGGUUCAGGUCCAGACAAGAGCCUCUGCGCGAUAUGGCUUGCAGGAGCUCUAGGAGGGCUUGCUACAUGGGUAGUGAGUGCUCCAACAGAGGUUGUGAAAUGUCGGGCGCAGAUGUCAGCAUCAUCUGAGAGCAGCUGGUGUAUUGCACAGAACAUAUUGGAAAAGAAGGGGCUUCGCGGUUUCUACCUGGGCGGUGUUAUUACGGCACUCAGAGACAGUAUAGGAUAUGGCUUCUAUUUUUGGUCCUAUGAACUAGCUAAUAGGCAUUGGCCUUCUACCAUGCAGGACCAGGCAGCGCCUAAGAUCCUGCUAUGCGGCGGACUUGCCGGCAUCGUCACCUGGGCAAGUGUAUUCCCACUGGAUUCGAUCAAGACCCGAGUCCAGACUCAGCAAUCGAUGCUACAUCCCGAUGCGCCUCCAAUCAUACACAGCCCUGUUGCGAAGAGUCCCCAUGCGAUAAAACGGCUUGGCUCAUUAGAUAUUGCCCGACUUAUGGUCAGGGAAGGAGGGCUGCCUAUAUUCUUCCGCGGCUUAACUGUCUGUAGCGUUCGUGCCUUCGUUGUCAAUGCAGUACAGUGGGCUAUAUACGAAUGGGUUAUGACGGAGCUCUCUAGAGACCCAAAAUGA